ACAAUGAGCAGUUUCUUAGACUACACGGUGAUGAGCGGGGAAGGUGGCUCAUGCACUGUUAGGGCUUUUCACUCGGACCACGGGAUUACAACUUUCCAGUCGUGCGGGGCCACUGUUAACAACUGCGGGGUGGAUGACCAUUUUAUGGUGAGCAGAGCUUCUCCUGACUGCGUCUCUCACCAGCCGGGGUCGUACCAGUCUAAUGCCAGCUCUCUAAGUCUCCCCUAUGGGGCCCACGCGGCCUGCAGCUCUAACUAUGGACCCCAAAGUUUCUGCGCUACAUAUAACCACCAUGCCCUCGCCCAGGAAGUAGACACCUCAGCUGCGUUCCCUCAGUGCGGCCCACUGAUGUACUCUGGUAACAUUUCCUCCUCCAUGGUUUCUCAGCAUCGCCAUGGUUACAGUGCCGCCCCCCUGGGUCAACUGCAGUAUAGCCACACUGCCUACAGCGGCGGGCACGAGCAAGCGCCCCCUUAUCCAGGGUGUUCAAACCCGCUGUCACCUCUGCAUGCUGCUCAUCUGGAGGCUUGCUGUUCACCUCUGUCUGAGGGCGCAUCGUCUGCACAGACUUUUGACUGGAUGAAAGUUAAGAGGAAUCCACCAAAAACAGGGAGGUCUGGUGAGUAUGGUUAUGCUGGUCAGCCGAACACGGUCCGGACCAACUUCACAACCAAACAGCUGACGGAACUAGAGAAGGAAUUCCACUUCAACAAGUACCUGACCCGGGCGCGCCGUGUAGAAAUUGCAGCCGCGCUGCAACUGAAUGAGACUCAGGUGAAAAUUUGGUUCCAGAACCGGAGGAUGAAGCAGAAAAAGCGAGAGAAAGAAGGGCUGCUGCCAGCCAAACUUACAUCCUCGGACAGCAGUCAGGAGAAAAUGGACGAUGCAGCAUCCGAGAAAUCUAUCUCAGCCCCAUCUACUCCUUCUCCCACAUCCUCCACUGUGUCUUCCACGGGGGCUGAUCCUUUCGCCUCCAACUGA